AUGCUUAAGCCGUUUCUGAUAAGGGACCUCCACGAGGAUUCCCCAUCGCCCGAUAUUAUUAAAGACACCGCAUCUAAUUUAUACAAUGCCACCGAUGUCGGAUCGUCCCUCGAGCUUGCUCAGCGCCUCGACGAACCGCCUCCCCAAAAUCCCGAUGCAGAUUUUCCAUCGACCAUACAUCUGUUUGACAUCAGACGGAGAAGGUCCAUCACAGAUCUCUGGAAGCGGUAUGAAUACGACCAGCGCCGGCAUGUCCCGGAAUCGCCAGAUAUAGAUGUGACUACGGCGGACUUGGGCGACCAUCCAGCGACAUCCCAAGCCGAGCAACCCGAUACCAGUCGUGAUCAGAUGUCGCACGUUGAUGAUGACAAGGCGAACCAGCCGGAAAACGAGUCAUCCGAGUCUUUUCUUUCCGCGUUCGAAAUGGAGAUGGCCAGGUUGAUGAACGAAACACAGCCUCCAGAAAACAACGCCUUUGAGAGCACCUCAUCGCCCAGCACGGUGCAGACCGAAUCGACCCCUAAUGUUCCGCGGGAGACUGCCGAAGCCUUUGCUUCUGCUCUACGGGGUCUCGUAGAAGUGGCAGAGAUUAUUAAAUCUGGGGUACUGUCCAGACUCCCUGAGCUUGAGAGACAUUUGGACAACGCCCGAAGAAAUAUACCAAACGAUCUCACAGACUCCAUGCGAAACACUCUAUUAGCCUUCGAGGAACAGGUCAAAACGAUGCUAGCCACUCUUAACAACAUACCAGAAACUAUCAGGCGGGACAAUCUACCAGGGAACGCUAAUAUCUUCUCGGAGCUCCCUACACCGUACAGCGCUAUGAACGGGUUGCGCGAAAUGAGCGUGCAGCUUGGCGGCAUGGGGCAGACGUUGAUGGAUACCCUCGAAUCCGGAAUUCGAGGCGCUUUCCCAGGCCAGGCGGAUAGCAUAUUCUCCAGCUUCCCGAGUUUCUCAGAGUCAACCACUCCGGCAGCGGAUCCACACAGUACUGAGCCAGAGAGUGCCUCUCGUCAGCAAGAUAAUGCAUCCCCCGGCCAGGCACAGUCAGAUAAUCCCGCGGCUUCUCCGUUUCAGCAGUCAGCGACCGCCCCAAAUUUGGCAUCCAACUCGCAACCACCUGCGUCUCUUUAUCCCUUUUGGGGUCCUACUCGGCUCCCCUACAUGCCUCCUUUCGACUGGCCAGCAUCUUCGUCUGGCUUUGGCCCGUCACCUUCCACCGUCAGCCCCGGCUCUGGCACUGCAGCCGAAUCACAUCAAACCCACACUGACCUACCGGAGCCACCCAGUCUCGAGUCCCACCCAUCCCGAUCAUUGUUUAUUGGUAACAUCGGGUUUAACGUAACCGAGGCGAUGGUCAAGGAUGUGUUUCUGUCUAAAGGCCUCGAGGUUGGUGUGAAUUUCCCGCUAGAUUCCAGGAGUGGGAAACAUGCAGGUUUCGGCUAUCUCAGUUUCAUAUCGGAUGAAAAUGCUACGCGGGCAAUGAAAGAAUUGCAAGGGACAGUUAUAGAUGGACACCGUAUCAACCUUGAAUACGUCGACCAUGCCCCUAUGACAGAGCUGUUGUCUCAGGAAUCUGAGGGACCAGAUCCCACGUCGGCUUCUUCUACUCAGACGUCAGGUGUUGUUCAUAACGAUAAUGCAGAAAAUACUCCGGUCUCUGCGCCUAGCAACAACACUGAUCCGGAGGCACGUAAUGAAACGGUACAUGACAUGCUGCUUGCUCAAACAGAAGCCCGUUUCCCGCCUGUAUCUCAACUAGAUGCACACAUGCUGGCUGGACAGUCCUCUGAAGCAAGUCAAUCAAACUCGUCUUCAGGCGCUGCAAAUGCAAGAAACCCUCAGACAGCCAUUGGGGAAGGUGCGAGAAGUUACGUCAGUUCACAUGAACCUUACCGCGGCGCUUUCUCACCGAAUUCAACCUACUGGUCUCAUGUCGAACCCCCCGCGAACCAUCAGCCUCCUCCUUUCAUCCACUACCAACGCCCUCACGUCCAACGCCAUCGUUUGCGCCUAAAUCCUGAUUACCAAACUCCUUGGGGUCUUCACCGGGCAACCACCAUGAGGGAGCCAGAAACGCAUCGCAGAUCUUUUGAUCCUUUUGAGCCCCAGCCCGGACUGAGACGACGAGCCACUGAGCGCCAUGCUCUUCGUGGUCCACGCGUGUACCCCAGGGGUCCCCGCCAUCGAGCAUCCUUGGAAGAGCAGACGCCAAACUUAAGCGCGCAUAAUGAAGAGCCAGAUCUGCAGGCGUCCAGGAGAGAACUCAGGGAGGAACAGAAGCGGCGUGCUAUAGAGGAAUGCGUUUCCAUGCUGGUUGACAUGGGAUAUGGAAGCGAGGGAGAUGGCGGCCGCCAACGACUGGAAAUAUAUGCAGCCGCAGCCAAGGGCGAGCUGGCUGAGGCAAUCGACAUGAUUGAGGAAGAACGCAUGGCUUAUGAACAGCGCGAAUAG